GUAUCAGACCAUCAGUUAUCGGAUCUCCGAGUCUGUGGCAGUUGGCAGGGGAAGACCUACGCUCGCUGGGUUUAACAGCUUGGACGGGUCAGUUGAUCCCACCGGGCCCUUGGUUCGAUUGCACGUCACGUCUAAUAUCUGCACUCACAAUAAAGCGGGCAGCGCUUUGCCACCUAUUAUUCGAUGGUAUAUAAUACCCUCUUCAUAGCGAUGCAUCCACAAGCAUCCCAAGUAAUCGUACACCAACGCCACCUCCCACAUGCCUUUUUUAACUCGUCCAUCACGGAAAACCCAUGAUCCCAGCACCUCCUUGCACAAUGCUCGCUACGACGGGUGGACCGGCCCUCCACUACAGCUUCCAAAUGUCGCUUCGCCUUCAUUCAAGAAGCCUGCUGAACGGCACGCUUCGAAUCCAUUAUGUCCUCCCUCCUAUGCCGGUAACGCCACUUAUACCCGUAAGCGGUUAUUGUUGUUCUACAUGUGUCUCACUGUCUCAGCCGUUACAAGACCAUCACCCUCUUCAUCCCCAAUAUGACACUUACCCACGCGCAAAUUCUGGGGUGCAAGAUAUAGCGUGUCCCCUUGAAUCCCAACGCCGCGAUAUCUUUGACUCAUGCAUGCACAACGGUGGCACUCGCCAAAACCCAUCUCUCCAAGGCGCUUUUGAAACCGCAGUUCGGUUCAAUUGCCCACUUUCCACUUUCCUAGAUGAUCAAGCAGGACGAACAGAGGAUUCGAUGCCGCUAAUCAACAAGGACACACAAAUCGCAUACCCUCUUGCGGCACCAUGCUUGGCACUGGUAUACGAUCUGCGAUACAGCUACACCUCUCUCCAGUUUCGUCGAUUCCCUCGGAACGCAGGACUGGGAUAUGGGCAUCUUCGAUUUAUCCCACUCACGCCAGCGCGGCCCAAGCAAAUCCGGCUGAUCAGCAAAGACUUUCCCUGGGCAUUCGACAUCGAACCCAGUCCCAAAGAAGAGUACAUAACAUGUCUUACCGUCAUCACCGCGCUCUACAAUGCACUACAGCUCCCACUCGAAGAUACGGAGUGGGGCGCCGCCGGAGAGGAUAAACGCGCAAGAAUCAUCGAAGCGCGCAAUCGGAGGCUUACUAUAGCUAUGGUUGCUGCGUCGCGCGAGAGCUUGAAUUCCGGGGCAUCUCCUACUGCUAAGCCUAGAGUGAGAUCCGCACCUGAUCUGGGUGUGGAGCUUGCGAUACAAGGGUCAGAGAUAAUCCGUGUGGACUGGCUUGGGCCUCGUGUUGCGUUUGCGGGGCUCGAAAAGGAUGAGGAGUUUGCGAGGAGGAGACUCAUUCCGGGUGCGAGCGAGCCACCUGAGACGUGGGUUGUGAGUUUCAGAGACCCCUAUUAUAAUCUUUAAUCAUGUUCGGACGAAUUAAUGUGCACACAUUUUAUGCGGUUGUUUUAUCAAGAUUUUGGGACAUUAAAUAUUGGCAUCAGCGUCAUAGGGGUUAUUGCUCUUUAU